ACACACACACACACACACACUAAAAUUGCAAUUGACCAACACAAUUUUCCAAUUAAGAAAAAGAAAAUGGAGAAGACAGCAUUUAUCCGGUUUUCGGUUGCGUUCCUCUGCGUAGCGGUUUUGGUGGGCGGGCAGGACGAGUCGUCGCUGGCGGGCAAGUGCUCUGCCCAGUUCCAGAAGGUGACGCAGUGCCUGCCGUUCGCGACGGCCAAGGCGGCGGCGCCGAGCAGGGACUGCUGCGACUCGGUGGGGAGUCUCAAGGAGAGCGACCCGGCCUGCCUCUGCUUCAUAAUACAGCAGAUCCAUAACGGCACUAACGCUGCCGUCAAGAGCAUGGGCGUGCAGGAGACGCGCCUCCUCCAGCUGCCCUCCGCUUGUAGGCUGGCUAACGCCAGCGUUGCCGAGUGCCCCAGGCUACUCCACUUGCCUCCCAACUCGUCGGAUGCUGCUAUCUUCACAAAUGCAUCGACAAGCACUCCCAUCUCGACCCCAGCUGCGCCCGCAUCCACCACAGCUAGUAACGGGUUUAUGCUAAAGCCUCAACUUGAAAAAUACAUUGCCACAGUACUUGUCCCAGCCAUAGCCAUCUUCUUGUUAUUCCACGCAUCCAUGUUAUGCUCGUAAGUGGCGGAUAUAAACCGGUCGGUCUAGGAAUCAAAUUAAGAUUUUCCCUUGGCUUCAUUUUCAUGUAUCGAUUCGGUUGUUAGUGGUUGUAUGGCUUUAAAAGGUGUUCCCUUGGCUUCAUUUUCGUGCAUCGGUUGUUACUGGUUUGAUGGCUUAAAACUAUAUUCGAUUUGCGGUACGUUUAUGUUGUCGUUCAAAUAUUUAAGCUCCGAAUUUUGCCAAAUAGGUACCAAAGUUGUUGAAUUUCAUUUUGUUUCCUCUAGCUAGAAAAUUGUUUUGUAGAUGUGUAACAAUGAAUUUUAUGAAAAAUAUAAAACUUCGGUACAAUAACUUGAUUUUAUUUCAAUCAAACA